UUUGUGUCAAUUAGGCUGUCAUGGUGAUUGUAAACAAGUAUUGAAAUUUUCUUUAGUUUUUAUUGUAAGAAAAAUUUGCAAUAUGAUGUAAAAUCUAUACUUUAAGAUGUGUUUGUAACCCAAACAAAACCGAGAAAGUAUGAAAAAGAAGUUAUGGAAUAUCUUUCAACAAAAAGAAUCAAGGAUGAAAUUGAUUGAAAUAAAUGUGAAAAUAUAACAAAGACUAUUUCUUAGAACAAUUAGGGAUUAUCUAAUUAAGCAAGAUGCCGCCAUCUUCAGGUGAAUUGUGGGGGCAUCAUUUGAUGCCCGCGACCAUUAUUGUUGACUGUCUCUUGCCAACUGGUGUUAUUAUUCCACUGUCUUGCGUGAGAGAUGCAACUUUGGAAUCGAUUAAAAAUGAUCUGUGGCAUGAGGCAAAACGCUAUCCUCUCUAUCAUCGCCUCAAUGAACCGAUGUCGUAUAUUUUUCUAUCAAUUACCCAAGAUGCCGAAUGGGAUGAGUAUUACGACGAGUCCAGGCGACUAUGUGAUCUUCGACUCUUUCGGCCGGUACUUAAAUUGGCCGAACCGAAAGGAAAUAAGGAGGAAAAAAUGCUCAAUUCUGAAAUAGGUCUAGCAAUUGGUAUGCCAGUUCAUGAAUUUGACGAAGUGAAAGAUUCUGAAAUGAUCGAAUUUCGGCGUAACAUUCUCAACGUCUGCAAAGAGGCUGUAGAAAUCAGAAAUAGCAGGGGCGAAGAAGGACAAGCAUCUUAUGUAUAUCCUUCAGAAAUAGACAACUCAAUAAAUCUUCCUUCAAACGUAGAGAAAAAGUUUGAUAAAGGAUUAAUUAUUGUAUGUGUUUGGGUGUUAUCUCCUACUGGAGAAAAACAAAAAUAUACUGUGAAGGUACCAAAAGAUGCAUAUCCAGAGAACAUUACUCAAGAAACUAUUCUGAAAAAUUUGAAAUGUUCAAAAAUGACCAAAGAACAGCAGCAGCAGAGUGCGAGGGAACAUCAGUGUAGUUAUUUAUUAAAAGUGUGUGGAAUUGAUCAAUAUUUAUUAGAAAGAUUUCCCAUUUGUCAAUAUAAGUACAUAAGAAAUUGUAUUGCUAAAGGAGAGAUUCCACAGUUAAUGCUGAUGUCUAAAGAAGGCGUGUACAAAACUCUACCUCAUUCCACGUUUCAAAUGCCUUCUUUUUUGCGACGAGCACCUCCCGUCCUGAACAAUCAUCAGACGAUGUCGCUGUGGCGAGUCGAUGCCAUGCUGCGAGUUCGAAUACUGUGGGCGACUUACGUUAAUGUUCGAGAUGUAGAUAAAAUAUAUGUGAGAACUGGUAUAUUUCAUGGUACUGAACCUCUCUGUCCAACGAGAGAUACGCAACAAGUCUCUUUUUCAAAUCCAAAAUGGGAUGAGUGGUUGGAGUACGACGUUUAUAUUCCUGACAUUCCACGUAGUGCUCGUUUGUGUCUCUCCAUAUGUUCUGUGUCGCGUAGGAAACGAAGAGAUGAACACUGUGCUCUUGCUUGGGGAAAUAUUAACUUAUUUGAUUUUAAAAAUCGAUUAUUGAGCGAACGCGUAAGCAUGUAUCUUUGGCCCAUGCCCAAAGGAAUGGACGAACGUCUCAAUCCACUCGGAACGACUGGAUCUAAUCCAAAUAAAGAUUCACCAUGCUUAGAAAUAGAAUUUGAUAGGUUUAGUAACACGGUUGUAUUCCCAUCCAUUGAAGAAAUCGAGGAAUAUGCAAGUUAUAUUAAAAAAAUGUCGAAAAAUAACGAACAAAAAGUGGUGAUUAAAUCUGAGUUAGAUCAGUUGAAAGAAUUAAUUCUUCGGGAUCCCCUCUCAGAAAUUUCUGAACAAGAGAAGGAAUUAAUUUGGCAGAUGAGAGCAGAUUGUCUUUCCAUUCCCGAUUCACUGCCAAAAUUAUUAGAUGCUGUGAAGUGGAGUGGAAGAGAUGAAGUUGCGCAGCUUUACAUGUUAUUGAAAGAAUGGCCUCAAGUAUCUCCAGAAGCAUCUUUAGAGUUAUUAGAUUGUAAAUAUGCAGACUUAGAAGUAAGAAAAUUUGCAGUCAAGUGGUUGGACUCUUCGCUAAGCGAUGAUCUUUUAUCACAGUACCUCUUGCAAUUAGUUCAGGUAUUAAAAUAUGAAUCAUAUAUAGACAAUAGCCUUGCAAAAUUUCUUAUCAAGAGAGCUUUAUUAAAUAAAAAGAUUGGUCAUUUUUUCUUUUGGCAUCUUAAGUCAGAAAUGCACGAUGCUGCAGUUACAACACGGUUCGGACUUCUGUUAGAAGCCUAUUGCCGCGGCAUCGGUCCACAUUUAAAAUCUGUAGUUCGUCAAGUCGAAGCACUAGAGAAACUCACAAAAUUAACUGAUAUUUUAAAAGAGAGGAAAGAUGAAACUCAAAAGGAACGUUUAAAAUUUCUUUACGAACAAGUAAGACAAGCUGACUAUUUAGAAGCCUUACAGAAUUUUCCUUCUCCAUUAAAUAGUAGUCAUGUCUUAGGAAAGUUAAUAGUUGAAGAUUGUAAAAUAUUAGAUUCUGCUAAGCGUCCUUUGUGGUUGGUGUGGCACAAUCCCGAUCCGAUGGCCGAAUGCCUUUUUAAAUUUAAUGCCAUCAUUUUUAAAAAUGGCGACGAUUUGAGGCAGGAUAUGUUAACGUUGCAAGUGAUUCAGAUUAUGGAUAGUAUUUGGCAGAAUGAAGGCUUGGAUUUAAGAAUGAUGCCUUAUGCUUGCUUGGCGACUGGCAAGCAUGUGGGAAUGAUCGAAGUGGUACGAAAUGCAAAGACAGUGAUGAACAUACAGAGAAAAGGAGGUCGAAUGGCAGCAUUUCAAGUAGAUUCCACCCAGCUACAUAAAUGGGUGAAAGAAAAGAAUAAAGGAAACAGGUACGAACAAGCCAUUGAAACUUUUACACUUUCGUGUGCAGGAUAUUGUGUGGCAACUUUCAUUUUAGGAAUUGGAGAUAGGAAUCCAGAUAACAUAAUGGUCAACGAAGAAGGCCAAAUAUUUCAUAUUGACUUUGGUCACUUCCUUGGCCAUUUCAAGAAAAAGUUUGGUAUUAACAGGGAACGGGUACCAUUCGUCUUGACGGAAGAUUUUCUGUACGUGAUUGCGAAAGGGGCAGAAAAUCCAAAGAAGAGCAAAGAGUUUCAUUCCUUUCAGCAGCUGUGCGGUAAAGCUUAUCUUGCCCUGCGACGUCAUGCCAAUCUUCUCAUCACGCUGUUCACCAUGAUGUUGUCCACUGGAAUUCCAGAACUGCAGUCGAUAGACGACAUAAGCUAUCUGAGGAAGACGUUACAGGUCGACAAGAGUGAAAAGGAAGCCCUGCAAUAUUUCCAGAACCAGUUUUAUGAGGCUUAUGGUGGAGCCUGGACUACAAAACUGGACUGGUUCUUCCACAGUGUGAAACACCUCUGAAAGGAUCAGAUGGCAUAAAGUUGCAAGACUCCUCGCCCAUCAGAUGGAUGUGUUCGGCUUCUGGUUUAGUAAGUUGUAAUGAUCGAAACGGAGAAGAGAAAAAGGUGCAUUUCAAAUGCAGGUGUAUUUAAAAAUUUUAGUUUGUUUCAUGAAAUGAUCAUUUAUCAUUAAAUUUAUCAACAAUUGCCAUAAUUUGUGGCAUUAGAUUUUUUAUUAUUGUACAGUACAUAUACAAGUUAAUCAUUUUACUUCAAAACCACUUUUUGUUAGGGUUUUUUUUACUAGUUGAACAGAUUGGAUAAAAAAAUUACCCUCUGGCACACACAACUGAAGAACAAUUUCUUUAACUAUACAUAUACACAAAAUUGCAAUUUGUGAUCUUUGAUUAAAGUCUAAAUUCCAAAUCAAACAUUUUCUUAUGAGUUAGAUUUCUGUCUAAUGGAGACAAUGCAUUGUAAUUUUUGCUUUUUAUAUAAAAAAUAUCUAUUGACAUUAACUAUGCAAUGAAAAUACAAUGGGAGACAUGCUGUGUCUGUUGACGUCCUCAAGGAGAGUAUCACUGUACCUUUUCCUCAUCUCUUUUCACAAAGUAAAGCAGAUAAGAAUGUUGAUAAUUGUCUUGUAUUUUCCCUUCCUGGUUGAGCUCGAUGUCGACUUUAUAGAUGUAUGGCAGUAUCAAAUGCCUUAGUAACAUAAAAAUCUCAAUCUUUAGUCUAUAUCAACUCAACAAACUAUUCAAAGAUAUUAUGUGUUUGUGCAGUUUUAUUGACAGAACAAUUCACACAUGUUUGAUGUGUCUUCUAUAGAAAUUAUCAGUGGCACAAAUGCAACAAAAUCAGCUUGGUAGAAUCAUCUCUGCAUCCAUAGAUGAAAGGCAAUUGGUCAGUCUUUCUUAGACUUUGUGUUAGACUUCCAUUAGCACUAGGUCCAGACUGUAGGGGAUGCAGCAUGACAGACCAUUCUGUCUUGUCCAUGUCCUGCAACAAUAUGGUGCCGAUAUCUUUCUUUGGACUUUACUUUUGCAUCCAGACAUUACAGAAGCAGAAGAAAACUGUUGGUAUGCUGUUGGAU